UUAUGUUAUUAUAUAUAGAUAAAUGAAAGGAAAGUGCUGUCUUGGUUGCGUGGUUUAGCAGGGCAGGGAAGAGGAGGAAGAAGAGGCUGAUUCUCGAUACAAUAGUGCCCCUUUCAUUCAACUCUCUCUUCUCUUUCUUUAUUGCCUUCUCCUUCUAUUUCUUUCUGCCUGCAUCUCUUAUGCGUAAUUGUUUUGGGAUUCUGCUAGUCGGAAAAGAAUUUCUUUCACUCUGGCCGCUCUAACAAAGUCUAACUAUUCUCGCACCUCGAGAAGGGUGUGGGGUGAUGAAGAGGGAGUGAUUUUGCUUUGUGUUUUAAGAAGAUCAAAAUCAUCAGACAUAUGGAGAUUGUGCCGUGUUUCAGUGGGCUUGUCCCUUGAUUACGGCUAAGGGUGGCUUUUGCUGUGACGCCAGAAGCUCUUUCUAACUUUCCACUGAAUCUAAGCAAAGUUAGGGUCUUUGAUUUGGCUUCUGGAAAUUUAAUGAGCUUAUAGAUUGUUGUUGAUAUUUGUUUUUCUGGUUUAAAGAAAGAGUCGCGUAUAGAUGUAGCUCUCAACAUCACUGCAGCAAUGUUUAGAUUUUCUUGUUUCCAUGCUAAUUCCCAAAGCAACAAGGCAAAGAAAACAGUUCAACCUUCUACUGAAGCAAUGGUGAAGUCUUUGCAAGAUGGUUCCCAAGACCAAGUCCGUAAAAAUUCAGCCAACCCUACAAGCUCAAAUUUGUCACUUUCAAAAGAACAAGUACAUAAGCAAAUGAAUGUCAUUGAGAAUCAUAUUUGCAAUUGGGAUUCAGUUGAGCGCGCUUGUAGGUCAGUGGAUCUGAAUAGUAAAUUUUCUUUUGAACGUGACACAGAAAUUCACCAAACUGGGCGUCUUAGGAAAAGCCAGUCUCUGGAAAGUGGGCUUCACCAAGAGGGCAAGCCAUACGCUGACAACAUAACUGAGGGUGAUGAAGAUCUGGGCUUUACUCCAAGUGAUUCCAAAAGCCACAAUGAUUCAAUUUCAAUUUGCAGAAAGGAUCAUGACGCCAACCCCAUUGAUCAGUGUAAAAAGAAUACAAACUGUGAGUUUCAAGUCAGUUCAAGUCUUGCAAAUGAUGGCUCACUUUUUUCAAUUGGAGAUCCAACACCUUCAGAUAAAGAUGGCCCUGAAAUUUCUUAUACACCAUUAUCUGGUGAAUUAGCUGGUGACUCUGCUGACCAGACUUCUGGUCCUGAUACCCCAUCUUUAAUGAAGUCAUGUUCUUUACCUAAUAUCAUAGCUUCUACACUUUCUUCUGGAAAAUAUGCUUUUAUACAUGCAUCUUCAAGGCCAAGAUCUUCUGAUGAUCUUCAAGCUUUAGGCAUGAAGCAUAAAGAGGUAUUCAUUAAUGAGUCUGAUGAUCAAAUAAGGGGAGAUCAAGAAAGAGAGAAUAACAUGGGGAAAACUGAAGAUGGUUUUGAUGAUGGUUUUGAUUCUUAUCUGCUUUCUGGUUCAGCAAAAGAUUGGGUAAUGCCAAUUGUAGAUGAUAUAAGUGAUGUCAAAACCCUUCGACGUGAUUCCUCAGUUGACUGCUUGGGUGAAUUCCCUAACAAGGAUUUUAAGAUUAAGCGCAUUGAGGAUUGGGUAAUAGAUUUGCAGCAUUGUGGACCACCUGCAGAAGAAACAAGUGAAUUGCCUGAACCUGUUGAUCCCUUAGUUGAUGCUAACACCAUAACUGGUGUGACCGUUGCUGGGGUGGAUCAUAAGGUCACUCCAGGAAUGGAAGCGGCUAAAAGAUAUAUAUCUUCUCUGGGUGCUAAUGCCACUGCGGCUCAGCUGGCAAAUCAUGGGUUGGUUGUGAUCCCCUUUUUGAGUGCAUUUGUGAGUUUGAAGGUGCUCAAUUUGGCUGGAAAUGCUAUUGUAAGGAUAACUGCUGGUGCUCUUCCUCGAGGACUUCACGUGUUGAAUUUGUCAAGAAACCAUAUCUCCACCAUAGAGGGCCUACGCGAACUUACGCGGCUUCGUGUCCUAGACCUCAGCUACAACCGUAUAUUAAGAAUUGGACAUGGCCUUGCAUCAUGUUCAUCUGUGAAGGAGCUGUACCUGGCUGGAAACAAAAUCAGUGAAGUUGAGGGUCUGCACCGCCUCUUGAAACUAAGUAUAAUGGAUCUCCGAUUUAACAAAAUUUCAACAGCCAAAUGUCUAGGCCAACUUGCAGCCAACUACAACUCAUUGCAAGCUAUCAACUUGGAAGGGAACCCGUGCCAGAAAAAUGUUGGAGAUGAACAACUGAAGAAAUAUCUGCAAGGCCUUCUUCCCCAUCUUGUCUACUUCAACCGGCAGCCUAUCAAAGCGAGCACUUUGAAGGAUGGUUCAGAUCGUUCGGUUCGGUUAGGAGUGAGUUCCCAUCAGUUUGAUCGCAGCCUUAGGGCGGAUCGUAAGACCACGAGAAAGGGCAGCCACGGUGUUGUAGCUGCUGCUCGGAGGCCAUCCACUGCUUCCACUUCUGCUCGCAAAAGUCAAACAGCUGACUCACCAAAACCGUCAUCCAAAGGCAAGCAAGUCCUACCACCAUCUAGGACCAAAGCAUCAAACCAAAGCCGCUAUCAUUUUGAUGCUCCCAGCAAAGUAAUGAACUCAGCAUUAGAGCGCUCCAUUCGCAAGAGUCGCAGCGAGGGAACUCUUGGAGCUUUUAUGUGAGAGGUUAUUCCAUUGCAAAAUUGAUUCGUUGACUGCCCUUGUUUCAGUAUGCAUCUAUUUACAUUGGUGUUUCUUUUUCAUGUCAAGUGUGCUGUUAGUACCCGUUUUGUCUGCGUUUUUUACUUUAAAUUUGCUGCACUAGAUUUGCAAGCAUUGGUUUGUGGGUUGUAUGCUCAAUAAACACCUUUCUGGUAUUGUAUUUCUAUUAUAAAUUAUUGCUUGUGUUUUCAUUAAGUUGUUCAAAACAUCAUUGUCAAUUUGUCUGGAAAGCAACUUUGGUGCGAGUGCAAUAAAUUUCAUCAUUUGAAG